UCGGAUGUGGCCAAUGUUUUCCAGGAAAUGAACAACUGAAACCACCCCACGAAUCACUCAAACUCAAAACGACAAGUUCAGUUUACAACUGUAGCAGUUGUUAAUUGUUAACUGUGUCUCUUUCCUUAUUUUUUUAUUAUUUAUUAUUUUAUAACAUGUCUGCGGAGGUCUGCAGGGAAACAGCGGAACAUCCCAGACUCCUGAAGCUGUCAUCCGCCCUGUUUUACGCCGGUAGUUCGUUUCUGAUCACCGUGGUGAACAAAACCGUGCUGACCAGCUUCAGAUUUCCCUCCUACCUGUUCCUGGGAAUUGGACAGAUGAUUACUACGAUUGUCGUCCUUUAUUUGGCCAAAACAAGCAACACGGUGAAGUUCCCAGACUUUGACAGGAGCGUUGUCUUAAAAAUUUUCCCUCUACCGUUGCUGUAUGUUGGAAACCAUGUGACAGGACUGGCAAGCACCAAAAAGCUCAGUUUACCCAUGUUUACAGUGUUACGGAAAUUCACUAUAUUGAUGACAAUGAUCUUGGAAGCUUAUUUAUUAAGAAAAACAUUUUCUAGACGUUUAAUUUGCAGUGUUGUGACGAUAGUCUUUGGGGCCAUGGUAGCUGCAAGUUCUGACCUGGCCUUUGACGUGGAGGCCUACACUUUCAUUCUGCUGAACGACGCCUUCACUGCAGCCACUGGUGUUUACACCAAAAAGAAACUUGGUGAUCAGAGCCUUGGGAAGUACGGCGUCUUAUUUUACAAUUCGCUCAUCAUCGUCCUCCCCACUCUCUUGGCCAGUGCUUUCACUGGAGAUUUAACCAAGGCUCUCUUAUUUGAAGACUGGAGCAAUGUUGCAUUUAUGUUAUGCUUCCUUCUGUCCUGCUUCAUGGGAUUUGUAUUGAUGUACUCAAUAGUCCUCUGCAGCUUUUAUAACUCAGCACUUACAACUACGGUUGUAGGGGCCAUAAAGAAUGUGGCCGUAGCUUACAUCGGCAUUUUUGUGGGUGGAGACUACAUGUUCUCAUGGAUUAACUUCCUCGGCCUCAGCAUUUGCAUGUCAGGAGGAAUAAUCUACUCGUACCUCACCUUCAACAGCAGCCAACCACCCGGAAAUAAUGCAGAAGGAACUCAAGAGCAGAAGAUUCUCAUUUCUGAGGAUUUAUCAAGGAAGGACUGAGAAAAAGAGGAAAACUUCAGCCACCAGGUGGCCUUAUCCUGCUUCAUAUUGAAGCAUUUCAUUAAUUCACCACUUUAUUGUGUCUCUCGUUUUAUACUAUGAACAGAUCUAUUAACACUCAUUCCUAAAGCUAUUUAAUUCAGAUUUUAAACCGACACCAAAUAAACAAAAAUUCCCACAAUCACGUCUGUCAGAUUCAGUGAAUGUUUAUUGAUGAUCAACAAUGAGAUAACAGUGUGGACAGCCUGUCGAGAGUAAAUAAAAACAUCUACCAGCAGGCAGGAUCACCCUAUACUGUCAAACAUGAACACUGCUGAAGGAUGUUAGAAGCAAAAAAGAAACUAAAAUUAAACUUCAAAGCUUUCUGUAAAUAGUGUGCAUACUCAUUUUAUCUUCUAAAGAACACUAUAUUUAUAUAUAUAUAUUAAAUGCCUUAAUUUACUCAAACCACAAAACAGACUAAGGGGUUGAAGCUCUUCCAAAUAUAUUAUCAUUGGGCUCGUUAAAUCAUUUGGAUUUUUCUUCUUUUGGAUUAUUAUUUUUGCCUCUUUAAAGGGUAAUUUGCAAACCAGAUUGAAAGAGCACAGCUAGAUUAAAACCAAACAGAGGCAGAACAUCAGCGAGGGGCUUCGUACAGUGUUAAACGAUGUAGUGUCACGUUGAUAAAAUUACAACAAAAAAAAAAAAAAGAGGGGAAAACAAAUCCAAAC